AAAGUGUCGAUGGUGGCGUCGUCAUCGUCGCCGGCGAAGAUCCGGAAGGUGUUGGGAUUGGGAUUCUGGGUGCAGGGCUUCAGGUGCUUCCCAUGGUUGGCCGUCAACUUCUUCCUCAAGGACGGACUCCAAGUGGAUUCUUCCACUCUCCAGCUCCUCCAGAACUCCGCCAACCUACCCAUGGUCGGAAAACCCCUUUACGGUCUCGUUUCCGACGCUGUCUACAUUGCCGGCCAGCACCGCGUUCCCUAUCUCGCCCUUGGCGCGUUCUUACAAGCAGUGUCAUGGUUGGCUAUAGCGAUCCUCUCUCAAUCAGGCAUCUCACUUAGCACCAUGAGCUUGUAUCUCCUCCUCGGUAAUUUGGGUGCUUCAAUUGCUGAGGUUGCCAAUGAUGCCAUUGUUGCAGAGGCAGGGAAACAACUUACUUCCUCCAAACAUUCUCAACCAUCAUCCUCGGGCGAGCUCCAGUCUUUUGUUUGGAUGGCUUCAGCUGUCGGUGGAAUUCUUGGAUUUUUCCUAGGUGGUUUUGCCAUUGACAGAUACGCUCCCCAAAAGAUGUUCCUGUUCUAUGGCUUUAUCCUCAGUGUUCAGUUUUUCAUAUGCAUUCUUGUCAAGGAGAAUUGUUUGAACCUUCCCAAGAGAAGAUCAGAUGCUGGAAUUCGAGAGAAGCUGUCUGAGCUCUCAAUUGCAUUAAGAAAACAUGAGAUUGCUUACUCAAUCACAUGGUUUGCAGCAUCAUAUGCCAUUAUUCCAUCAUUGACAGGCACAAUGUUCUUUUACCAGACACAAUAUUUGAAUAUUGACUCAUCGGUGUUGGGAAUUUCAAAGGUAUUUGGCCAGGCGGCAAUGCUCAUGUGGAGUGUCAUCUAUAAUCGUCACCUGAAAUCGGUCACACCAAGGACACUAAUUUCAGCCAUUCAGGUUACUAUGGCUUUAUUUAUGAUUUCUGAUGCGUUGUUUGUGGAAGGGUUUUACCGAAAUAUGGGGCUGUCAGACAAUAUUUAUGUGGUUGUAUUUUCUGGUCUCUCAGAGGUUCUCUUGUUUAUUAAGAUUCUACCCUUCAGCAUUCUUGUAGCAAAGCUCUGCCCACCAGGUUGUGAGGGAUCUUUAAUGGCAUUUGUAAUGUCUGCAAUAGCGAUUGCGUUUAUUAUGAGCGGAUAUCUUGGUGUUGCACUUGCAGCUUAUGUUGGGGUUACAGGAAAUGAAUUCUCAGGGCUUCCGCUUGCCCUCCUAAUACAAGCAUUUCUCACACUCUUGCCACUCUACUGGUCAUCAUGUAUUCCUAUCCUUGAGUUGGAAUCCGAUCAUGUAAACGAAAAACCCGGUAGCAAGGAAGAAUAGCGUAAUGGAGAUUGGCUCCCUAAUGUUUGGUUGGUGAUUUAGGUUUUUUCACAUUCCUCCUUUGUAGCAUUACCACUAGUUGAAUUCUAGAACUUAUACAGAACGUUUUCUACAUUGGAAGGAUCUUUUUUUCAUUUUUGAAAGGGGCAUAUGGAAGGAUCUUUCUUGUACUUGUUACUCAAUACAGUAAUUGGGAUGAUGCAGUCA